UUUCAUUUUUGGAUUUUAUCAAAUUUGUUAGUCACUACAUGAUUUAGAAUUUUAGACUAGAGUAAGGAAUUUCGACCGUGCUCGUUCAGUUGCCGAGUAAAGGUAUCUCUUGUUUCCUCCCGAAAAAACAGCAGAUCUAGAUGCGAGAUGAUCCCGAACCUAUUUCAUAACCACCAUCCAUCACCAAUCACAUUCCACAUCUUGAUCGGAAAUCCGUGGCGUGGUAGCUUCUUUCUCAACUCUCCCAUACUGGAAAACCGCUUAAGCCCGUUUCCUCGCUAAAGCUCGAAGUUGAGCUUAAGCGAAGCUGAAAGGGACUUUUCUUCUGUUUAAGAGGAUUCCUAUACCCUGGAACUUUGCCUAUACUGCCCACUAACCAUAAGGUAAACCGAAGGAUUUUGUUAGUCACUACAUGAUUUAGUUCGGGAGGGGAUAUUUUUUCUUCAUCCGGGGGUCACAUGAAACUCAUUAUCUAAAUUUAUUAUAGUUCUUCUUUGUAACCAAAUUGGUAUGCCAGAGUAUUCCUUUAGUGUAUCUGAUAAUAUUUCCUAUCAUGACUUUGCAAUGAACUCAAAUUCUCCACACCCAAUAGGUCAUGGUCUAACUAACUUUUACCUAAUCCUAAUGUUCUUUGUCAAUUUAAUUUAUAAAGAGAUGUAAGAGCCAUUUGUUAUAGAAGUGCUUGUGACGUAGAAUAACAAAAACUUGAGUUGUAAACUUAUCAUUGUUGCCAGCUUUUCUAUCACCUUAUUAAGUGAUGUCUAUUUUGGUCGGCCAGAAAGCUAUUGAGCAGUGAAGUGAAUUGAGUUAUUUGACAGUUUGGUACUGAGAACUGUAUAUAGAACUAUAGAAGCGUUCAUGUUUUCUGCAUGUGGAUUUUUGGAUAAACGUUAUAUUUUCAAACUAUUCACCAUUAGCAGCAAAGUGGCUUGCAGCAAAGUGGUCAUUUGGGGGCAUCUCUUUCCAUGGUGGUGGUGUUCCUCUUCUUCCUAUUCUUCUAAGAGUGAACUGUCUGCACCAUGUUCUUUCAUCUACGGCUAUUUUGUGUUCUCCAGACAAUAUAUCCCACCAUUUUCUCCUACUUUAAAAACAUCCAAUAUUUCUUUUAUUCUUGUGCGAGUACUUAGCUGAACUAUUUAUUUAGUCUGAGACAUCCAAUAUUUCUGUUAUUCUAUAAUUGCAUUCCUGUUGAAGCAUGUAAUUACGGAAUGGUAUGUUGUGUGUUUCAGCUCUUGUGGUUAUUUUGAUUUUAUCUGUUGUCAGCUUUUCUUGUAUCUUGGUUCUAUUAGAGUGCUUUGUAGUAUGCCCUUACUUGUAGUGCUACGUGAGUCAAUGUGACUAUGUUUGGAAAUUUGAGUCAGCAGUGCUUGCAUUAUACGGAAUAUGUUGCAUCAAAGUGGACUUGCCCAUUUCUCUUACCAAUUUGCACUGAAGAUCUUAUCAAGUAAUUUUAAUUUGGCUUGGUUAACCUAAAUAGAAGGAAUGAUGUCUACAUUUCUAACAUUAAGUGUUGUUAGUUUGAGAUUGAUGUUGGUUAUCUCUUUCUUACGUGCUGCUGGAGAUUUUUAAUAAAAUUUUCAGGGUUUGGAGGGUAUGAUGUUCAUCAUUAUCAUCAUUAUCAUUACCCCAUUGCCUCAAAGAGGCUCCCACAAGAAGCGGGGUAAGGGGGGGUCGGACGUACGCAACCUUACCCCUGCAAUUGCAGAGAGGUUGUUUCCAAUUGACCCAAAAGCGAUAACGGGACAACAACGGGACAACCAUCUUCUACUUCAUGGAAAGGAAGCGAAGAGGCAUUCAAUCAGGAAUGAAGACAUGCAGAGCAUCAUAAGGUAUUCAUGGUUUGCUGGCGCCAUUAAGGCUUUUGGGUAUUCUGUUGAAGCCUUGGAAACGCUGUUGAUUCCCAUGGUGAAGGAUGCCACUGAGGCCCUUGGUUCCAUGGGAAAUGAUACUCCCUUGGUCGUGAUGUCAAACAGAGAGAAACUCAAUUUCCAGUACUCAAGCAGCUGUUUGGUCAAGUCACAAACCCUCCCAUUGAUCCUAUCAGGGAGAAAAUUGUGACAUCCAUGGAGUGCAUGAUUGGUCCUGAAGGUGAUCUCACAGAAAUGACUGUCUCUCAUUGAAGGGGCCUCUUUUAUCAAUUGAAGAAAUAGAAGCUGUUAAAAAGAUGUACUACAGAGGCUGGCGUAGCAACGCAAUUGAUAUCACUUAUCCCAAGACCCUGGGCAGGAAAGGCUUGGAGCAGACAUUGUGCUGAAGCAAGGGAUGCAAUAAAGGAAGGUUACACAGUUUUUGUGCUUUCUGACAGCUUUCUCGCCACGUAGAGUUACAGUGAGCUCUCUAUUGCUUGUACAACGAAGGAGCCUUUGAUGAUAUUAUCACGUCGCAUUGUUUGGUACUCCAACGUGUGCUUCUGAUAUAGGUUAGAUUGUUUUGCUCAACAUACAUAUUCAUUCUUACAGUAUAAAGUAUGGUCAUAUUAUAUAAACUGCAAAUACUCUUACUGCUCUGUGUAACUGAUGAUUUAAGUUAAUAUUAAUCCAUUAAUAGUCAUUCUUACAUUA